UGGCCACUUCAGCGAUCCAUCAGGGGUGACGUCUGAAUUGCUCCGAACUUCUGGCCGCUUCCUGAAAUCAAGACUGCCCUUGGACUGCGACAUCACCUGCGACAUCACCAUCACCACCGCACCCUCCUUCCACACCACCGCUCCACCUCGCCGUCGCCUGUCUCCACCACUGUCGUUACCGCCGGCGGCAUCGCCUCGCUAUCUCCGCCAUGACCUCCGCCAUCGCCUCGCAAUGGCGCUCUUUCUGGCACACCAUGACCUCCAACGACCGCCACGCCGGCCCCGACUCUCCUUAUCGCUCGAAUAACCACCAACCCAUAUCGCAAUCCCGAUCCGCGCCUCUCUCCUCGAACAAUAACAGCGCCCUCGAAUCGAGAACAGACCUGGACCUCGAAUCUGGUUCCGGCUUCGUCAGUCACAAUGCCGCCGGCACGUCGAGUCCCACAGGAUACGCGUCGCCUCGUCGACAAAGUCUGCAGAGACAGGGUUCGGCGCAAGACGGCAAGAUGGAUUCAGUCGGACAGGGCGAGAUUCAAAUGCAAAGCUUCAGCGAUGGUCUGCCACCACCUCCGCCCGUCGCUCACUCCUGGAAGCGCAUUGACCGGUGGUUGGAGGACAACUACGAAGAGGUGUUUGAGAACAUGUGCCCGGGGGCCACGAUCAACGAUGUCAAUGAGCUGGAGCACGAACUCGACUGCACACUUCCACAAGAAGUCCGCGAAUCAUUGCAGGUGCAUGAUGGUCAGGAAAGAGGCGGACGACCAACUGGUGUCAUCUUCGGCUGCAUGUUGUUGGACUGCGAGGAGAUUGUGCAAGAGUGGAAGCAAUGGCGGACGGUGAAUGAGCAAUACCUCAGCGAGACGCGCACAUUUGAGAUUCCACAGGCGCCGUUGAAGGCCUUCGCUGGGUCGUCAUCAUCCGCUGUCCCAGUCGCACAAUCACAAUCUUCAGGCAACCCACAAUGGCGGACCGAGCUCCUCGACAAGCAGGACUCACAACCACCCAAUGCCAUCCAAAAAGCAUACGCACACCCAGCAUGGAUCCCUCUAGCAAGAGAUUGGGGCGGCAACAACAUUGCCAUUGAUCUCGCGCCUGGUCCCGCUGGUCGCUGGGGUCAAGU